UCUGACCGUUACAAUUUUGCAAACAUGGCUGCGAGUUGUGGACGAUUUUUUAGCCGCGUACUUCUAUCUCAACCCAGCCGCAGCUGUGUAGUCUCUAAAGCUAGGGUAUUCAGAUACUCUAGUACGCUUCAAAAUGACUUUGAAAAAGCAAAGGAAAGGCUUAACACGCUCAAAGAAGAUCCAGGCAAUGAAACAAAACUGAAGAUUUACGCUCUGUUCAAGCAGAGCACUGUUGGAAAAUGCAACUCUCCAAAACCUGGUGCAUUUGACUUUGUUGGGAAAGCUAAGUGGAAUGCUUGGGAUUCCUUAGGAGAUUUGAGUCAGGAUGAUGCCAAGAAGAAAUACAUAGAACUUGUUGCUGAAUUGGCAGGUCCUGAAGCUCCAGCUGAUUCAGAUGCGGGAGUCGAAAGUGAAGCGGAGAAGCCUAGAUUUGAGGAUAUAGUUGUUACUAACGAAAAUGGCAUAUACACAAUAAAGAAAAAUCGACCAAAGAAGAAGAAUGCAAUUACUUGGAAGAUGUAUUUAGAAAUAAUGGAGGCUUUGGAAGAAGCUGACAAAGAUGCAAGCGUCAAACUUGCUGUCAUUACUGGAGAAGGUGAUUUCUACUGCAGUGGAAACGACUUGAGCAAUUUCACUAAUAUUCCUCCUGAAGGACCGCAGAAAAUGGCAAGAGAUGCCAGGGACGUGUUAAUGAAAUAUACCAAUUCCUACAUUGACUUUUCAAAGCCACUUAUAGCUGCGGUUAACGGUCCAGCUGUUGGCAUCGCUGUGACAGUUCUUGGUCUCUGUGAUUUAGUUUAUGCAUCAGAUAGUGCCACUUUCCACACUCCCUUUAUGUCUCUUGGACAAAGUCCAGAAGGCUGCUCUUCAUUAACCUUCCCAAGAAUCAUGGGAUACGCCAAGGCGAAUGAAGUGCUCCUCAUGGGGAAGAAACUGACUGCACAGCAAGCCUAUGAUCGAGGUCUAGUCACUGAUGUUUUCCUUGAAUCAGAAUUCAACCGUGAGGUGCAGAAAAGAAUCACAGAAAUGUCUACCCUUCCUCCAAAAUCUCUUACAUAUUCGAAAGCUCUUAUGCGUGGAAUAGACGUGAAAGAUCUAAAGGAGGCCAAUGAAAGAGAAUGUUUGAGACUUGAAGAACGUUGGCUAUCGGAAGAGUGUAUGAACGCUGUAAUGAGCUUUUUGGCGAAACGAAAAUGAAAUAUUUUCUUUAUGUAAAAUUCAUUAGUAGCUCUGUUUUGAAUCUAUUUGAUAUUGAAUCAUGAAAUUAAGGCGUA